AUGGGGUGCUGUGCUUCUGCAUCCUUGGCCUCGGAUCCGGUAGAGGAGAAAGAGCCAGAGACACCUGCAAAUGUUCGAGAGGCGGUGGCAGUGGAUGAGACCCACCACAAGACCGUCCACGAGCGCCUGAGGAAUUUGCGGGAGCUGGACUCUACCACGAAAGUCCCCUUCAUCCUCAUAGAGCUCACAGGAGAAGGCGACGGCGAGGGUGAGAUUGAGGUAACCGGCAAGGACGAGUACGGAGUGUACGAGGCGCAAGAGGGUCAGAUCCGUGCUUUGAACAACUUCUUCGUUAACACCUGGGGCUGCGAUCCUCUGGACCCAGGUGACGAGACAGAAGACACUAAAGUGCCGUUUUGCUCCGCACAGUACAGGUGGCCUGGUUACUCUGUCAAAGGCGAUGAUGGCUUGAACAAUCAGGGGCUCAUGACUAUGAGACUCAUAGACUUCAUGUGUGGAAACUUAAGCUGGACACUGGCCGUGGUGAAUGGCGGCAACGUCGGCGAAAAUAGAGACGUUCGGGAGACACAGCUCAUCUUCAAGGCUCCUCAUCCCAUGAAUCUCGUGGCACCGCAUCUUCUCGUGGAGGUUCGGUCUGCAGGCUUCAUCGAGAUCUGUGCGGACCUGGACGAGGAGAACAACGCCAUUCUGGGCAGCCUCGAUAGAUACUUUGGAGAUCGCUUCAAGGCAUCACUCAUAGAAGGCCAUGAGGAUUUUUGUGACCGCUACUACGAGGCCGGCGAGGGCAUCUUCAAGGGGAGCGGUGGCAGCCUCGACAGCAACUUCGGCCUCCUGUGCACAGAUGUCUGCGAUGUCAUCACAACGCAUGAGGGUUGGAGCCUUGUCGCCUGCAACACCGGCAACUACGGCGCCGAUGGCAAAUUCUCAGAGCAGCAGAUGAUCUUCCGGCGUGAUUAUCACCCGCUCGGCGAUUCGAAGUACCUCCAAGUCAUCCUGAAUGCGCUGGGGAACAUCGAAGUCAACGGCCAGCAUGUGCGGGAGAUCCACUCAAAGCUCGACGGCUUCUUCCGAGGGAAGUGGAAAUGCGAAAGGGCGGGACACUUCCGGGAAGGCGACACCCUCUGCCGCAGGUACACGUGGGAUGUCUCGGAGUUAAAUAUGCUUCGUGCCACUGCCGAUGUGGUUACUUUCUUCGAGCUCCAGGGCUGGUUAAGAACAGCCGUCGGAGUUGUGGCGGCUGCUUGCCUGGCCAGCAUCGCCUGCGAGGCCUUCGUGGCGCCGUCGGCUCGCCCUGCGCCCCUCGCAGCCCCGCAGACCGCUGCGGCCGCGGCGCCUCCGACAGAGGCAGCUGGCUGGGGAUUGGCGGCGGCUGGCCUGGCGGUCGGGGCCCAUGCUGGGCUGGCCGUGGCUUUCCGCGCCCGUGCCGCACGCCGCGCCGAGACAAAGCCAGCAGAGAAGAGCAAGUAUGUGGAGACGGUCGCCGACCAGCGGCUUUUUGAGCAGGUUUACUUGCAGUACACCUCGGAAUACCUGAAGGGCCCUCUCUACUGGCAUCCGGACAAGCUCCAGGGAUGGCUCCCCGACUACCCGGGGACGCCCAUGAUCAAGGAGGGCAAGUACACGAGCCACGUGAUCGGAAACCUCAAGGCGUUCAGCUCGAACGAGCUUGCCUUCUUGUCCAUGCUCUUCUUUGGCGUCGGCCUCUAUGGCAACCUGCAGUUCAACUUCUAUGACCCGCAGUGGGCUAAGGAGAUUCAGGUGGCCUCGCAGCAGCAAGUCCUGGAGGAUGGUUCCUGGUGUAGAGAGCAACAGCUGCUCUUUCGCCCUGGCAAGACCGAGGUGGGAAGUGUAGAGCCUCACGUCUUCAUCGAGCUCUAUGCAGGUGAGGGAGCACCCGAGCUUUUCGAAGACGAGGAGACCACUCAGGUCCUCGCCAAUCAGCGGAUUCGUCUUCGGGCCAUCGGUCCCGGCUCGGAGAAGAUGCUUCUGAGCCCCCAACUCCGACAGGUGAAGCAGGAGUUUGCGAGCUUCGUGAUCAACUACCUUGGCGGCGAACGCAUCGAUGGCCCGAACGGAGAAGAUACCUUCGCUUGCAACGUGUUUCUUUGCAGGGGGAGGUUUGAGAACAACCUGGCCCAAUGGACGAUGCGCCUUUGUGACUGGAUGGUGGACAAGCUUGGGUGGAGCUUCAUUGUUUCAUCCCUGUGCAACAUGGGAGACUGUGGCCAGAAUCGGCUAGAGCAGAUCAUCUUCCGUUUCGACGGAGACAAGCGAGCCCUGCCCGUCUCCAAGGUGAACAAUCCGUCGGAUGAGUUCAUGGAUUCGCCUUUCCCCGACUACUGGAGCUGUCAGGAGGUUCUGGAGCGGCAGGAGGUUCACAAGGUGCGAACUUGCGCUGCCGAGGAGAAGGAGUCGUUGCAGCAACUGGUAGAUGCCACUUUCCGGAGAAUCCUGACCAGAGAUCGGGUCCCGGAUGAUGAUGCUGUCGACGACGAGGAGAUGCCCUACCGGAUCGAGGCGGAAGCUCUGAGUCUGAGUUCGAUAAUUUGCGUAUCAGUCCCGCAGUGCUGGUUAGAUCGGGUUUCGAGGUCACAGCCAGUCAGAGCCUUCAGCCCUAAAGGAAGCCUUAGAGAGAUGCUUAAUCAAGUUAAAAGAACCCUGUUAUGGUACCCUAAUCGUGCCCUUAGAGCUGUCCAACAUACGACCACAAAGGAGGAAUGGUGCAGUGGUUAUUGCACCCUGCGCGAUGCGACGGGUCUUUGCAAGGGCCUCCAAUUUUCCGCAGAGCACACCGAAACACGAGGCUUCAAAAGAAACACGUGGGCCGCGCAACUUGGAGAAUCCGGACAGGUUGUGACGUGCGUGGGGGGGGUGUGGGCUGAAGCGGGCUUGGGGGCACCCCGUUCGGGAGCCGGUCGCUGCAGUAAGUAA